AUGGCCGACCAAGACAAGCAUUGUGUCAAGUGCGGGGCUCCGCGCCCAAAAGGCUUCGUCGGCUUGGUGACCGACAUGUGCCUGGCUUGUGCCAGGGUUCACCUUGGGGUCGAACCCACAGACAACCACAGUGAGCAGGUGGCUCAAGUCGAGAAACCUGACGACCCCAAGUCCGAGGCCGAGGAAGCCACUGGGGCCGAGCAGGCACCUAGUAUGGAAGAGGGUGAACAGCCCUCCCGCGGCCGCAAGCGGUGCAUCCAACCAUCAGCGGCCAAAGGCGCUGAUGGUAAAAAGCUGACGCCGGCGUGUGCCAACUGCAAGAAAUCAAAGAUACGUUGCGUGCACAGGCAAGUCAUCGAGGUAGAUGAUAGCAACGUUCCCCCGCGCAAGCGUAAGAGGGAGGUAGAGGCGCACGUCGGUGAGAGGGAUGAUGCUGGCAAUGACAGUGACGCUUCUGCCGAGGUGGGCGCGGAGGACCAGUCUCCCCCACCAGCGAAGAGGCCCCUUCGGAUUCGGUUGAAGGGCAGACACGCGGAGGCCGUGAUACAGUCCGCCCCUCGUCCCCACGAAUCCGACCAGGAUGUCUCUGCCGCGAAAAGGCAGGUUCGGGGCGGUCUUCGCAAACGCAAGUUUGACGAAGUCGAGGAGGAAGCGCCUUCGGGCCCGACCGAAUCGAAAGCCGCAGCCGCUGUGAGCGACGAUGGGACCGGCACCGGGGAGGCGUCCAACCCUCCACCGAAGCGAACUCGACGGGGUCGAAAGCCAAAGGCGGAGCGCGUUGCUGAAGCCGUCGAGCAGGCGGCAGUUCGCAGCGUGUCUCCAGCACCCGCCGAGGUGAUCGCUGCUACCAGGUCCCCCGCUGCAGCUCCCGGAACGCGUUUCUUGCCCUCCUUCCCGACGGACAGUCUCGAAGGAGCCGCCCAUCUGUCGGUGCAUACAGUUCUCAGUAGAGAACUGCAGCAGAAGUUGGAGGACGCCGAGACCAAGUGGCUCGCAGCGAUCCAAUCCCUCCAAGCCGCCAAGCAAGCACUUGACAGUUGGGUGGAGGUGUGGAACAGAGGACAGUAG